CUCCACGAAUUAAAACUACCCAAGUGACAGUUUACGACUGGGAGAGAUUCCGCAGUAGGCCAUUGAUACUACCAGGCCACACUAGCACUUCUCUCCGGUUGGAGAGGGGGAAAUAGAAGUACACAUCCGUACCCGCGUUCAUCUCUCCCUCUAGAAUCAUGGAUUUGCUACCGGCGGAGUCGUCGCAGAUCAAGAAGAAACACGGAUUCCGGUCGCUGAAACUAGUAAACAUAGACAUGGACGACGCCCUAUCCGAAAAGCCCUUCGGAGUCGACUACGGGAGGCUCGACAACGGACUCUGCUACUACGUUCGAUCCAACUGCAAGCCUAGAAUGAGAGCUGCCCUAGCACUCGCCGUCAAAGCUGGCUCAGUUUUGGAAGAGGAGGAUGAGCGUGGAGUUGCUCAUAUAGUCGAGCAUCUUGCCUUCAGUGCUACAAAGAAAUACACCAAUCAUGAUAUUGUUAAGUUUCUUGAAAGUAUAGGGGCAGAAUUUGGCCCUUGUCAGAAUGCUGUCACAUCUUCUGAUGAAACUGUUUAUGAGUUGUUUGUGCCUGUUGACAAGCCAGAACUGUUAUCUCAGGCCAUUUCAGUCUUGGCAGAAUUUAGUUCAGAGGUGCGAGUCUCAAUGACUGAUUUGGAGAAAGAAAGAGGGGCUGUUAUGGAAGAGUAUAGAGGGAAUAGGAAUGCAAAUGGCAGGAUGCAGGAUGCACAUUGGGUUCUCAUGAUGGAAGAUUCAAAGUAUGCUGAGCGUUUGCCAAUUGGGUUAGAAAAGGUAAUCCGGACAGUCUCAGCUGACACGGUGAAGCAAUUUUAUAGGAAGUGGUACCAUCUACACAAUAUGGCGGUGAUAGCUGUUGGAGAUUUUUCUGAUACGCAGAAUGUAGUUGAGUUAAUAAGGACACAUUUUGGAGAUAAAAUGUCAGCACCUGAACCUCCACUCUUACCAUACUUCCCAGUUCCAUCUCACGAAGAACCCCGUUUUUCAUGUUUCAUUGAAUCCGAAGCUGCUGGGUCUGCUGUGAUGAUCAGCUGUAAGAUGCCUGGGGAUGAGCUAAAAACUGUGAAGGACUAUAGGAAUUUACUUGCGGAGUCCAUGUUUUUUCAUGCUCUGAACCAGAGGUUUUUUAAAAUAUCUCGUAGAAAAGAUCCAUCGUAUUUUUCAUGCUCUGCUGCUGCAGAUGUUCUAGUUCGCCCAGUGAAAGCCUAUAUAAUGACUUCGUCUUGUAAAGAGAGAGGGACAAUUGCAGCAUUAGAAUCCAUGCUCAUUGAGGUUGCUAGGGUUCGGCUACAUGGAUUUUCUGAACGUGAAAUUUCUGUUGUUCGCUCCUUGUUGAUGUCAGAGAUUGAAUCUGCCUAUAUGGAGCGUGAUCAAAUGCAAUCAACCAGCCUGCGAGAUGAAUAUUUACAACAUUUUCUUCGUAACGAACCUGUCAUUGGGGUAGAAUACGAAGCACAACUUCAGAAAACUAUUAUACCCUAUAUAUCAGCACAUGAGGUGUCCAAGUAUGCUGAGAAUUUCCGAACAUCGUGUAGCUGUGUUGUAAAAACAAUUGAACCUCACGCUACUGCAACAGUGCAUGAUCUUAAAGCUGUUGUGUCGAAGAUCAAUUGUCUUGAGGAAGAAAGAAGCAUUCCUCCUUGGGAUGAUGAAAACAUCCCAGAAGAGAUUGUUAUCGUGAAGCCAAAUCCAGGCCAUGUGCUGCAGCAAACUGAAUGGUCAAAUGUUGGAGCUACUGAGCUAAUUUUAUCAAAUGGCAUGCGAGUUUGCUAUAAGAGGACAGACUUCUUUGAUGACCAGGUUCUCUUCACAGGGUUCUCAUAUGGGGGCUUAUCUGAACUGCCUGAAAAAGAGUACUUAUCUUGCUCAACCGGUUCAACCAUUGCCGGAGAAAUUGGUAUUUUUGGUUAUAGACCAUCAGUUAUAAUGGAUAUGCUUGCUGGUAAGAGAGCCGAAGUUGGGACGAAACUUGGAGCAUAUAUGAGAACCUUUUCUGGUGACUGCUCACCUUCAGACCUGGAAACUGCCUUGCAGCUGGUUUAUCAACUAUUUACAACAGAUGUGGAACCAGGGGAAGAAGACAUCAAGAUAGUUAUGCAAAUGGCAGAGGAAGCAGUGCGUGCUCAAGAGAGAGAUCCUUACACUGCAUUUGCAAACCGUGUGAGGGAACUCAAUUAUGGAAACUCCUAUUUCUUUAGGCCAAUCAGAAUUAGUGACAUUAAAAAAGUUGAUCCAUUUAAGGCUUGUGAAUACUUCAACAACUGUUUUAAGGAUCCUUCGAGUUUUACGGUCGUGAUUGUUGGGAAUAUUGAUCCUGCUAUUGCACGUCCUUUAGUCUUGCAGUAUUUGGGUGGAAUUCCAAGGCCUCGUGAACCCAUUUUUCAGUUCAACCGUGAUGACCUCAAAGGGUUGCCUUUCACUUUUCCUUCAACCAUAAUUAGAGAAGUUGUUCGCAGCCCUAUGGUGGAGGCACAAUGUUCAGUGCAGCUAUGCUUUCCUGUCGAACUGAAAAAUGAAACCAUGAUGGAAGACAUUCACUUUGUUGGUUUUCUGAGCAAACUUCUAGAGACUAAGAUUAUUCAGGUUCUCCGUUUCAAGUAUGGCCAGAUAUACUCUGCCGGCGUUUCUGUAUUCCUUGGUGGUAAUAAACCUUCAAGAACUAGUGAUGUUCGUGGGGAUAUUGGUGUAAAUUUCUCUUGUGAUCCAGAUAUCUCCAACACACUGGUGGAUCUGGCUUUGGAUGAAAUAUUACGUCUCCAAGAGGAAGGACCUUCAGAUGAUGAUGUUUCAACCAUACUUGAAAUUGAGCAAAGGGCCCAUGAAAAUGGAUUGCAGGAGAAUUACUACUGGUUGGAUAGAAUUUUACGCAGCUACCAGUCAAGGAUCUAUACUGGUGACGUUGGCACUUCUUUUGAGGUUCAAGAUGAGGGUCGUUCCAAAGUUAGAAAUUCUCUGACCCCGUUAACAGCCCAGUUGGCAUUACAACGGAUACUGCCCUUCCCUUGCAAAAAGCAGUACACUGUAGUGAUCCUGAUGCCUUGGGCAUCUCGUUUUAAGCGGUUAAGGUCAUUCAUCCGUUCUGUGCCAAACCAUUAUGGUAGAGAUGCAAUGAUUUUAGCAGGCAUCGCUGGCUUGACGGUUAUGGUUCUUAGUUUGUGGAGAUAUUCAAGGAGUACCCUCAAAUCGUAAGAGUACAUAUGUUAAAUGAGGUUUAAACAACUAGAUUACCAAAUGAUGGAAGAGCACAUAUCCAUUCAUUCAAUCUGUGAGUCGGAACUGCUGAGGAAUGCUAUCGAUGGUUCUGUUAAGAGGAACAGCUCUGACUUGGAAUUUCAUUGUCGGAUCAAUUUUGAUAAAAUUUAUUCAUUGCUAAAGCAACAGUGUUCUUAAUUUAUUACUACAACCGUUCACAAGAUUUAGAAUUAUGGUCUCCCUUGUACCAGUAGAAUAGUGAAGAGCACUUCAUCGGGCGCUCUCUUCUGUUGUAAUAUUAGUAUGUUACGCCUCGUUAUAAUAAAAUCGAUUGGAAGUUUCAAAUUGA